AUCCCCACGAAGGGUACAGAAUCAUCACAAUCAAUAUCUCAGUCCUUUUUAAUCACUAUCCACUUUCCAACUCCAAAACUGCAAAGUACCAGAUUAUCCACACUUCCCAGUUUCCAUAUCUGCUUAUACAGCUCGAUUCGCUUGUAGUUCAGUUAGUUAAGAGCGUAAAAAGCAAACUUCACUACUCUCGUACCCAGAAAUGGAUGGUUGCUCUAAUUACUACGUGGACCCACCGGGGGAAUCGUCGUCGGCUUCGGAGACCAGCAGUGCUCGCCCAAUGUUCAUGACCUUGUCGGACGAGGAGGUACUGCUGGCGUCUACUUGCCCGAAGAAGCGGGCUGGACGGAAAAAGUUUAGAGAGACACGGCACCCGGUGUUUCGGGGUGUAAGGAGGAGGAACUCCGGCAAGUGGGUGUGCGAGGUGCGCGAGCCCAACAAAAAGACAAGGAUUUGGCUGGGCACUUUUCCCACCGCAGAAAUGGCCGCCCGCGCGCACGACGUGGCGGCCAUUGCACUGAGGGGCAGGUCCACCUGCCUUAAUUUUGCUGACUCCGCGAGGAGGCUGCCUGUCCCGGCUUCUUCCAACGCCAAGGACAUUCAGACGGCUGCCACAGAAGCGGCAGAGGCGUUUCGGCCGACUCAGGAGUCGGAUGAGGUUUGUGGAGCUUCUGUGGCGGCUCCAACGGAGUCCACGUCCGCAUCGGAGCAGCAACAAGUGCUCUAUAUGGACGAGGAGGCGGUUUUCGGGAUGCCGGGACUGCUGGCAGACAUGGCGGAAGGAAUGCUAUUGCCUCCACCCCAUUACAGCGAGGAUGAUGACGUGGAUAUUUGUGCUGACGUGGCCUUAUGGAGUUUUUCCGAUUAAUUUUAGUCUUAGUCUAUACCAUCUUAGUCUAUACAAUGUAAAAAAGUAGCUUCCGUGAGAAGCGUCAAAUUUUGAUUUCGUUUUUGCAGUGAUAUUUGCCUUGCAAAAGUGCUUUUGCUCCGCACAAAAUUUUGUCUUGUACGGAAGCACUUAUGUAAGAUAUAAUGUACAAAAAAAUAAUUACUCAAAAAUGUAGGAAAAUCUCAUUAAAUUAUCAAUAACAAAGCAAAUUUGCGAGUAA